AUGAAUCAACAAGCAAACGUUACUAAAAUUAAUAAAAGAAAGGUUCUAAUUACUGGUGGAAAUGGAUUCAUUGGAAAAAAUUUAGCAAAAUACCUUCAUAAUCAUGGUGAUAACGUUCGUAUAGUGGAUAUUUCACAAGAUUCAUCUGAAAAAUCAGAAAAUUAUUGUUCCGAAUUCAUUCAUGGGGACUUAAGAGAUCUAUCAAUAUGCCGUAAGGCAAUAAAAGGAAGAAAUUGGGUGUUUCAUUUAGCUUCAGAAAUAAAUGAAAGUUAUGACUUGAAUAAUUUUAUUGCUUACAAAAAUAAUCAUUUAAUCACCAUAAAUAUGGUGCAAGCUUCAAUUGAAGCAGGAAUAGAUAGAUUUUUUUAUGCAUCAUCAACGUGCAUACAUUCACAUGAAAAACAAUUGAAUCCUGAUGAAUUAGAUUUAAAAGAAAACGAUUUAUGGGAUUUAUGGUAUCAAUACUACUCCAAUAAUGGGCCAAGUUUAUAUGGAUGUGAAAAAAUUAACGGUGAAAUUUUGUUAUCACAAUCCAUAAACUCGACAAAAAUUAGAAUCGCAAGGUUUGAUAAUGUAUUCGGAGAAGGGAAUAAAUGGAUCGGAAGAGGUGAAAAUAUUAUAGCCUCAUUAAUUCGUAAGGUCAUUUGCUCAUUUAAUGAGCAAGGUUAUUAUGAAAUAGAUAUAAAGAAUUCCGAUGAUGAAAUCCAAAGUUUUUUAUAUAUCAAAGAUUGUAUCGAUGUUAUCAUUAAAAUAAUGGAAAGUGACUAUUAUAAACCAUUAAACAUUGGAUCGGAAAAUUCUGUUUCAAUAAAAGAAUUAAUUUAUAUGACUUUGGAAACUAUUGGAAUAACGAAGGAACAAGUUAAAUUUAUAAUGGAUGAGAACAGUAUUCAGAAAAAUAAAAAUUCCGAUAAUAUACUUAUUCAUCAAGUUUUAGGAUGGACACCUAAAACGUCGAUUAGAGAAUCUAUAGAAAAAACAACGAUAUGGAUAAAAAGUGAAAUCGAGAAAGAAUUAAAUAAAUGUGAAAAUGAGUUGACUAGAAAAAAAUUAAAGGAAAGAUAUAGAGAAAGUAGUAGUGAAACAAAAAUAUUUGAUGAUGAAAUCAAAUUUGGAAUUCUUCUUCCGAUUACUUCACGUGGUUUAAAAAAUCCUAAAGAUUGCCUUUAUAAUCUAAAGAAUUUCGCAAAAAGUGUUUAUGAAACAACACAAAUGGACAUUAUGAGUAUGAAUGGUAGGAAAUUUUCUUUAAAUUUUUUUAUUGGAAUUGAUAAAGAUGAUAUUCUAUUCCAACCCAAGGAGAAUAAUAUAGCAGAACAAAUCCUUAAAGAAUAUGGAUUUAUGGAUGUAAAAACUCGCGAGUUUGAUCUGCCUCCUGGAUCCAUAUGUAAAAUUUGGAAUGAUUUGGCAAUUGAUGCAUAUAAUCACAUGUGUGAUUAUAUAGUCCUAUUUGGUGAUGACAUUAUAAUUGAGAGUACAAAUUGGAUGUCAAAAACUCACGAAGAAUUUAUUAAAAUUUCAAAUGAGAAAAAAGUUCCAUUGGGGUUUGGAAUUGUUGCAUUCACUGAAUUAACCUUCCCAGGUUUUCCAACAUUCCCUAUAAUGUCAAGAACUAAUAUUAAUAUAUUUGGUGGUAAACCAUUUCCAGUGAUAUUUACAAAUCAAGAUGCGGAUCCAUUUUUAUUUCAAUUGUAUCGUAGGUUCGAUUGUUCAGUUAUGUCAAAACACCUGAAACUUAGGAAUCUUAUUGGAGGUAGCAGAAAACCGCGUUAUAAGAGAAUAUAUCACGAUUGGAGAUUUUCGGUUUUGGACAAUGCAGUAUUAUCCGUUGAAAAAUGGUUACAUAAUACAAUGGAAACUCCUAUUCCUAAACUAAUAACGCUUGAUAUAAUUAUACCAUCAUACAGAGUUCAAAUGCAAUAUUUAGAACCUAUAUUCCGACUUAAAAGAUCUAAAACUGCAUCUACGAUGAUAAUAAUAAUUGUUGAUAAUCCAAAUUCACCAAAUAUUAAAGAUCUAAAAAAGUUUGAAUAUGAUGCUUUCGUUCGUAUUCGUGUACAAGGAAAAAAUCUUGGUGCUAGUGAAGCUAGAAAUAGAGGUUUAUCCGAAUCUAGUGCGGAUUAUGUCUUAUUCCUUGACGAUGAUGUAAUUCCAGAUCCGGAUAUUUUAAUAGAAGCAGAAAAAGUAAUCCGAAAGUAUCCAAAUGCCUGUGGAUUCAUCGGAUGUACUAAAUUUCCUGAUCCAAGUAAAUCUAUUUUUACAAGUGCUGUAGAAAUGUCAGGAAUAACCUAUUUUUGGGAUAUUGCAGAGAAAAUAGAGGAAAAUAUUCCAUGGGGUGUAACUGCAAACUUAUUAGUUCGUCGUUAUAAAGAUAAUAUAAUGUUUAACACUACAUUUCCGAAGACGGGAGGUGGAGAAGACGUUGACUACUGUCUUCAAAAAAGUCAAUUUUUUAUAAAAAAUAUUCCAAACAGUGAAGGUUUUAGAGCCGCACCUUCAGUAAAAGCAGUGCAUCCAUGGUGGAAUAAUGGGAAAAGGUCAUACUUGAGAUUUGCUAAAUGGGCAUAUGGAGACGGACAAUUAAUUGCAAUGUAUCCAGAAUACAGGUACAAAGACAAUUUCCCCAAUAGUGCAGAACUUUUUUUGUUACUUUCGUCACUUCUUUUGAAUUUUCUUUUUAUGAAAAUUUUGAUCAAUGAUCAAAUAUUGAAUGAGUUAACGCUCGUAACAACUAUAUCUAUACCAUUGGUGGUGUUGGCAAAUAUGAUCUUUGACGUUAUUCGCUUCGUUAUAAUGGAACAUGAAUCAUAUGUUCCGGAAUUAAAAGGAUAUCGACGAAUAAUUGCUGCGUCGGAAGCAGCAAUUAUACGAAUUGCUAGUGAAUUAGGAAGACUUGUUGGAAAACUAAACAGAAGGGAAUGGAAUUAUAUUCGGUGGCGAUUCGAUUGGUUUACAAAUCGACUUGGUGAUGAUACUAAGAACAUUGAAAAAAGAUUUUCAAUGAUUAGAUUUAAUAUAUGGGCGAUUUUGGUCCUGUCUGCAUUUUGUUUUGUAAGAUUUAAUAAUUCUCAUGAAUCAGAAAGAUUGUUAGUAUAA